UAUAAACUUUAUUUGUCGUAUUUAAUAUAUUAUGUUGUAAUACAAUGUUAUUUUGGAUUUAGGGAUUAGGGUUUCGAUUUAGGGGUUAGGAUUAAGGUUUAUUAUGUACAUUUUUAUUUGGCUCCAAAAGUUCUUAAAUCGCAAAAAACAUUUAAAAUAUAUGUUGUAAUAUUUAAUUAUGUAUAUUUGUAUUUUCAAAUUUAUUUUCAAAUUUAUUUGCAAAUUUAACGACUGAUUACCUACUUAUUACCGACUAUUAAGCCAAAAAUUUGGUUUUGCCUCCAAAAAAUUAUUGAACCGCGAAAAUAUUUGGUUAUAAUUUGAUAUUGAAUUUCAAUUUAAUUUUCAUUUUAAAAAAUAAUGACUGAAUUCCGACUGAUUGGCGACUGAUGAUCUAAACCGGGAAAACCCAAAAUUUUUAGACUUAAAGCCCGCGUUAACAAAGCCCAAAAUUUUAUUUCAUCUCUUCUAAUUUCGCGGAAGAAGAAACAGAACCAACAAGAAAACCCUAAUCUCACUCUCAAUCUCGAGCCACUCUCUCACGAUCUCAAUCUCCAUCUCCAUCUCGAUCUCAAUCUCUCCCACAGAUCUCGACGGCCACUCUCUCCCACCGGUCUCGAUCGCGAUCUCUCCCACCGAGCUCGAUCUCGAUCUCUCCCACCGGUCACAAUCUCGAUCUCUCCCGCCGAUCCCGAUCUCUCCAGCAUCUGUCUCCGAAGAUGGGUGGAAAGAGGAAGCGAAAUACCGUCAAACCCAACUCCUCUCGGGUUACACAACGCCCAGCUACUUUACCAGCUCAGUAUGACUUCGUACCGAGGGAUCCAUCUCCAUCGAUCCCACCCGUUCUCCCUAAGAACAAACCUCUCCCUAAGAACAAUCCUCUCCCAUCUGUUCGCGAUUAUCCUCCUCCGAGAAAGCUGUUUCCGGAAACGAACUUCCCACCUUCUCAAUCAGCUCCGUCGCCUCUCACUCCAGCUGCUGCGACGUCUCAACCUCAACAGCGACAAACUCAGUCGACUGAACGUAUGAACACACUUCCUCCAAGUCAACCGGCUCCAGUUCGAGCAUCUCAAUCGCCUCACAGUUCUGAAGCACAAAAUUCUCGUUUUCCAGAAGAGGAGGAGGAGGAUAUGUCCGAUGUAGAGGCUCCGGUUCAACCUAAUCUCGCCUCUGACCAUAUGGAUCUUUUGAACUCCCUCCUAAACCAGCCAGGUCGAGCAAAGAACACAAUUGUCCUGUCUCGCAACCUUGAGCCUGGAACCACAUGGUUUGGGUAUGACAAGUCGAGCUUGUCUAGGAAGAUUACCAAGAUUUUAAAGAACAAGUUUAAUAAGCCUUUCUACAGCUGGACUCGUGUGCCUAGAGACAGACAAGAACGCUACUUUCUGGAAUUUGCCAAAACUCACACAUGGGAUCCAUCAUUGACUGGUGUUGUGCAAGAACAUUUCGAGGCCAUUGCUCUUCUACGAAUGAAAGACAUGGUCAGCGAAGUAAGGACAUCUCGGCAGCAGCCUAAUUGGAUAGGCGACACACUCUGGAAACUAAUGACCGACUAUUGGGACACUGACGCUGCGGUUGCAAAGAGUGCUACAGCAUCAGCAUCUAGAAUGUCUGACCGUCAAGGUCUUGGCUUUCACACACAUAACUCUGGCCAGAAGUCUUAUAUGCAGCUCCACCAAGAGAUGGUUGUUGAAUUGGGAAGACCAGUGAGCUUUGGUGAAGUAUUCAUCAGAGCUCAUACAAAGUCAGAUGGAACCUUUAGUGAUUUCAAAGCUAAACAAGUUAUUGAGGCUUUCAAGAAGCAAAAAGAAGCUAAGUUGGCCACCCUUGAGACUGAUGAUCACACCGAGACUGGGCAGCAUCCACCACUAUCAAUAGAAGAGGAGAAUGAGCUGUUUAUUCAGGCCACUUUCACCAAUGACAGGGGGCAAAUUUAUGGCCUUGGAAGCUUGAAGAACCAACUUAAUGAAGUGGCAUAUGACCCAAGAAGCUUGUCCUCUUUCAUCCAAAUGCAACAGCAACUUGAAGAAGCUCAACGUCAAAUCAAAGAACAAGCUGCUCUUCUUGCAAAGGCUGAGGAAGAUCGUGCCCAAGCUGCUGCUGCUGCGGCAAUGGUUGAGGAAGAGCGUUCCAGAGUUAUAGCUACUCAGCAAGCUACGAUCGAUGAGUUGUUAAUGGUUCGGAAGUACAUCGCCACCACAGACCAGAGAUUCUUGGACUUCAUCUCCAAAGAAACAGCUUCAUCUGAUCCCCAUCAUGUUUAGGUCUUUCCCUUCUCCUAUGUGAAAAACUAGCUUUUGGAUGUGUGAAACUUGUAAAACUCUUUGGAGUUCUUUCUGUUUGAAACUUGAAUACUCCUAACUUAUGGAGUUCUUUUGUUUGUGUAUGGUAUUUAAAACUUUUAUGAUUUCAAAAUCGUUUUUAGUAGUACUAAUAGCAGAUUUAAAUAACAAAUCAUGGACAAGAAAAACAAUACACCAAAAUCAUAUAUUUAACAGCCAAAAAAAUAUGGUAAUUUGUCGCAUAUCAGUCGCGAAAUCAGUCGUAAAUUUUAAGCAUUUCAGUCGCUAAUCAGUCGUGAUUCAGUAGCAGUAAUAUACCGACUGUUUUCCUACAGAGAUAAUUAGUCACUAAGUCAGUCGUGUAAUCAGUCGCUAAAUGCAGUCGUUAAACUCAGUCGUUAAAUUCAGUCGCUAAACGUAGUCGUUAAAUUCAGUCAGUAAGCCGUCGUUGAAUAGUCACUAAAUAAGUCGUAAAUCAGUCGCCAAAUGCCCUACUAAUUACCGACUGAAGUUACGACUGAUCAUAAUAGUCGUCAAACAGUCGCUAAAUACCGACUGUUUUACGACUAAAAUAUUUAGCGACGAGGUAUAUUACGACGACUCUUAUCAGUCGUUAAUCAGUCGGAAAUGAUCAUUUACCGACUGAAUACCGACUAAUACCGUAGUCGGAAACGACCUGUUUUCUUGUAGUGAGCCCUAAUGCCCAGGUAGGUCCAAUAAGUGUUAUUUCUCUCAGUGACGAAUUGUAAUUAUUAAGGGAUAUGUAUCCCACAUUGGAAAAUCAAUGGGACAUUAAGUAAUAUAUAAAAGGGUUAGGGUCAAUCCACUAAUUGCCAAUUGGUUUUGAGUUGGAAGCCCAUAAUAAACCCGAAUCUAACAUGGUAUCAGAGCCCAUAUCCUAAUAAGUUAAACCCCUAAUUAAUAUUAACCCUACCCGACCGGGUAUAUAGGUCGUAAUUGACUCGCUCGACCGAGUAUAACUGUCUUAAAAAGUUUCCGAGAUUUCUGGGCGAUAAGAGCCAUCAUCUCGAGGAGGGGUAUUAAGGGAUAUGUAUCCCACAUUGGAAAAUCAAUGGGACAUUAAGUAAUAU